CGGUGAUGUCAGUGCUGGUGCCGGCUCAGCCCCUCCCUCCUCCUGUGCUCUCCGCAGUCCGCAGUAACCGAGCCCCGGAUCAGACUGCAGUCUCCAUCCAGCCCGCUCCUCCUCCUCCUCCUCUUCCUCCCUGCACUCAUGACUUUCACCCCAGUGUUCGCGUUCCUGGCCCUCGUGGCUUCGGCCGGAGGAAGUGUUGGGCCGAGCUCCAACAACAGCUUCUGCACAGAGUCAAAGGAAUGUCUCCAGUUUGAGCUCGUCUGCAAAACAGAUGAAUAUGAGGUGCGACACUACAGCCCCACACGUUGGGUGUCCACUGAUGCCGAAGCGUAUUUCAUGGGAGUGGGUGCAGCCAUGGCUUUCAGGAGACUUUUCCAGUAUAUAACUGGAGCCAAUGAUGGAGGCGUCCAGAUGGACAUGACUGCUCCUGUCCUGGUCAAGAUCCCAGAGGAGACCAGGAUGUGGGAGCCGGCGAUCUACACGCUGAGCUUCCCGCUGCCGGCCGCCUACCAGGACAAACCCCCCGCACCCACCUGUGACAAGCUGUAUUUCACGGAGAUGCCGGAGAUGGACGUGUACGUGAGGAGCUACGGAGGCUGGAUGCUGUCGGUCACCUCCCGGCUUCAGUCCCACAUGCUGACCAAAGAGCUGCAGAGAGUCCGAGCCUCGUACAACCACAGCUACCACUACGGAGUCGGCUACGACAGUCCCUUGAAGUUGUUGAACAGGCACAACGAGGUGUGGUAUGUGGCCGAGGGGGAGCCUGUUUGCACGGAUCCAAAGGAGCCGACCCCCCCUCACACACCCAGGGCGACCCUGACCGACUCGCCCACACUCCCUCCGUCCGACCCUCUCCCUCACACACUCUCCGACUCCCCCGCACUCCCCCCCUCCAACUCCUCCUCCUCCACGGCGGCCAACUCCUCGUCACCAGCGCCGUCUGACCCUCCCGCUCUCACCCCAUCCGACCUUCCUCCCAGUCCCUCAUCCCACCUGCCCACGGACGCCGGCCAUCCUCCCACCACCGUCCAGAUCCCACUGGACCCAACGACCAACUCUUCCGACGCCGACACCGCGACCCCCUCCCUGGAGCCCCUGUCGGACGCUGCCCUGUGGAACAGCACGGCCCACAGCUCCGAGGACCCACAGACUGACAGCAGCCCCGCGGUGGAGCCAGACAACGCUCAGUAACAACCUCCAUGUUCGUCUGUGAGCUGGUCCCAGGUAUAUUAACAUGGAGUCUAAGUAGAAAAAAAUAUCUCUAUUCCUGUGUGUCUCACUAACUCCUCUUUGCGUAAUUCACUAUAUGUUGUAUCACAGCUUUGCACCUGCAGCUUCGUGCAUCAGCAAACCCAAGCCAUUUAGGAUCAAGUAGGUGUUAGUCAGAAAGUUAGACAGUUCCUGUGUGAAGUGUGAUGGCAGGAGAGAGAGAGAGAGAGAGAGAGAGAGUGAGAGAGAGAGACAGAGAGACGUCUGCUCAUCAUCCGUUUAAAACCCAACUCCACUAUUAUAACUUUAAUGGAAACCUGUGUGUAAUAAUAUCAUGAUUAAUAAAAUGUGACAAACCUCGUUAGGUCAUUUUAUCAGAGUAAACUUUACCGUGUUUCUAUGCUGUUGUUAACUAUGAUUGUUAUUAAGCUUCAUUUCUCCAUUGAGCUUCUCGUCAGUUGUUUUCAUGAAACGUGGCAACAUCAUUAUAAAUCAUUACAUUCAUUGGGAUCUUUGGUGCAGACGUAAACAAAGGUACUAAAACUGUACUGCUCUAUUUAAUACUAUAUCUUAUUCGAUUUUUCAAAGUAACACUUCUUAUAAUUAAUAUUUAUUUAAAAAUUUACGUCUAUAUUAUUGUUAUUGUUUCGUUUUCAGAUCAGAUUUUUUGGGCACCAAGAAUUUAAUAAAUAUAUAUGAAUAUAAAAGUAUAACUUAUGCUUGAUUUGUAUCUUCAUCCAGAGUCACUGAUUUGAAUGUUUGAUUAAAACAUAAAACUGAAUCCAAGUCACUUCCUAAUAAUAUCACCAAUCUUUGAACUGAUCCAAAGAUCCCAAAGAAUCACAGCUGAGAGAACCGAUGCAAUAAAAGUCUCAUCGGUUGGAUUCUGUACAAACUGCUGAGUAGGAUGAACACUGUAUGUUCUGAGGAAAGUGCAAUAAAAACACAUAACAAACCCUC